CAUGGCGUCGAUACCCGUAUAUGGCUGUGUUACAACCAUCUCCAUUCCUUUGGCAAAACCUUUAGCCUAACUCUUUGCCUCUCCUACAGCACCAUGGCUCACAAAAGUUCUAAUUAUUAUCGAUCAAAGUCUCUUAAUGCCCAAUGGGAAGAUUUGAGUUGCUCGGUAAGUUAUCUUUUGAACGAGCACAAGGAACCAACACCGAAGGCGGAAAGUCUUGGGCAGAUUAAGACAGGGCAUUGGGUGAACAGUUCAGAACGUACUCACUGUGCUGAUGGAAGUUGUCGGAAGAAAUUUACGUUAACGGAGAGAAAGCAUCACUGCAGAAGGUGUGGGGAAGUAUUUUGUGGCAAGUGCUCUCAAUACAGGCGUCGGCUGUCAGUAUUUGGAACUCCAGAUCCAAAUGGAUUUAGCUACAGAGUAUGUAAAAGCUGUUUUGAUGUUGGACCACAGAGGGAUGGAGCUUUCCGCUCGUUAUGGAAAGAAUUCAACCACUUUCGAAACCUCACGAAAUCUAGGAAAAACAACAAUGAUCAUAAAGAUGGGCCUGGUCACCUUGUGACACACAUAAAAGAAGAGUUACAACGACUUGUUGAUGGUUAUACCAAGCACAUUGGCCAGUCAAAAUUAAAGUCCUUUGUGAGUGAAACAUUUAGCUUUGUGAAGAUCCCAGACUGGCAAAGAUCAAAACAUUGGAUGCCAAGCUCAUCAAGGAACAACUGUACACUGUGUAAUAAAGCAUUUUCAGUAACUGAGAUAAAGUCUCACUGCAAAAUUUGUGGAUCAAUAAUAUGUUCAUUUUGUUCGCAAGAAACUCUUAUCUUGUAUCCCGCGGGAGAAUCAGCUGCCGUACAGUGGUCUCUCAUCAACAUUAUUGGUUCCCCGGAUAAAGAACCAGCCGGUUGUUUGUAUCUGCGAGUCUGUAACGCUUGCCAUAGGGAAGCCGCAGAAUUGCAGGGAAAUACCGUCAUUGAUGGACCCGCUGUGGGGUCAAUAUUAGAUGGUAUAGUCAAAACCAACUCAACUCUUACACGACUUCAAGGGAAAAUAAGUGACGUGCUCCCCAAGUAUGGGUUACUUGUCGACGCCGUUGAAGCGAAGAGUGAUUUGAAAGGAUUGGUGCCUGUUGAGAGCAGUCCAACUCAGACACUCGCCAAAUACCAUUUGGAUUUGUCUGAUUUAUUCACGCAAUUUGCGGUUGAUAUGCAAGGCCUCCGACGACUUAAACCGCAAACUAACACUCAAUUGAAGCUCGCAAAGAAUGUGACCAGCAGUAUGAUUAAUUUUUACUGUGAUAGCAUUCCAGUUUUUCGGGAGAGCAAAAAACGUUUGUUUGAAAUACUUCCUGAGGAAAUGUUGGAAAAAGUUCAAGUGAUUGUUGAUCAAAACGCCAUCAACAGCUCGUACAUCUAUGUCAGACAGCUUGGUCUCGAAGCUUUGUUAUUGUCAGACAAACAUCAGUUCGACAACCAAGUUGCCGUAUUCUUGGCAGACUGCGAGAACGUUUGCCUUGAAGAUUUGAGGAGACAAAUUGAGGCUUGUCAAGAGGACUGGGACCAACACCAGAAACUUCUCCGCGAGCUGCUUCGAAGCAACGUCAAGGAACAUCGCCUAAUCAUUCCUUCUAAGAGACUCGCUGCGGCACGAGGUGCUAGUUAUGUUGAAGAGUACCUAUUUGAACGCUGUCUUCUCAUCGUGGCAAAGACAAUUCAUCAAUUGAAUGCCAAAACAACAGAGAAAAAGUUCUCCUCUUCCAAGAAAGCAUUGCAAAACUUGAAUGAACAGCUUACGCGUUUGCUGACAAGCAUUGAUUAAAAAUAUCAUGUUGUGAUUACAAAUUUACUAAUCAAACGAAAACGCUACAUCUGUAAGCAAGGGGAAUCGGUCCCCAAGGGAACCUCGAGUGAUGUUUGCCUCUACGCAAAAAUGAAUCAUGUACCUUCUGAACGUAAGACACAUUAAAAAUUCUUUUAGAUUACUUUUUUUAUUAACUCUUUUUUAUAUACGACUUUCUUGUUUAUAUGUGCCAAAGUCAUGGUCUGGCUACGCACAACACACUAUAUUCGUAACGUCUGCCAA